UUCGCCUACUUUCACUUUGAGCGAGUUCUUCAAACCCUACAGUCUUUAUUCCAACGUGAACUCUCCGGAAUGCGGUUAUGAUGCGGUUCGGAUUCUUCUGAAAACUCGGGAAGGUUUCGGAUCUUUAAAGAAUGAGUAUUUAUUAAACGAAAGGCGACGUUAAGAAGAAACGUGAUGUUUUGCGGAUACCGAAACGUUGCCUUCUUGCGCCUGAUGUGUUUCUCCGUCCUGCUGACUGGAGUGUCGACAGAAUCAGUGAGAAGUCCAACACCCACACUUAAUGUCACUAAUAAAGGAAAUGAUCUCUACUUUAUUGCAAGUCCCCCUAAAUCUUCACCUCAAUGCUGGCAGUAUGUGUUUACAUACAGUAAAUGCAACGAGAACCCAGACAUUAUAAAAGUAACCACAGUAAACAACUGGAGUGCCAAUGUGGGAUACGAUGGCGCCUGCAAGUACAAAGUUCAAGUGCAGGCAAAAUAUGAUACAACCUACUGUGGGGAAGGCGAACAAGACAGUAACAUGAGCAGUCCUGUAUAUUUUGGUCAGGAUGGUGAUCCAAAUUUGCCAUUUAAAGUGGUGAUGAGUGUCAUCCCUGUAACAGUGUGCGUUUGUCUUAUCAUUGCUAUAGUGCUGUUUAGGAGGCACAAGGACAAAUUUCUCCCCAAAAUUCCCAAUCCAUCAUAUUUCUUCAAGGAUAUGUAUGACACUAAAAAAUUAAAGGACCUAUAUACCACAGAACUCUAUGUACCUAAUGAAGAGGUGAUGGACGAGGUCCAUGUGGAGCCAAACACUACACACCUACAUCAUGAAUUCUAAUCAGAAAAACAAGGUUAGAAAGGAUGAACACAUUCUACAUGAGGAAGAAACCUCCUCAGCAAAGGAAGAAUAGACUGCAGCAUUGAAAAUGUUAUUUUAAUGAAAUGUUAUCCUAACACUAACCCAAAUGCAGUCAAAAUAUACUGUUGAGUGUGAGAGUUCAUGAGUUACAGUUAAUUCAGAAAACAUUCAGAUCCUGUUACUUGAUACACACAUGGAUUUGGGCAGUUUAUCCCGUUUUUAUUUUAGAUUUUUCAUGACAGAUCCUCUCAAGCUCAAUCAGAUUGGACGAUAAGAGUCUGGACUGCCAACUUCAGGUCUCUCAACAGAUGUUUGAAGGGGUUAAAGUCUUUUUUGUCUGGGCCUCACUCGUGGAAAUUCAGAGACUUGCUCUAAAACCACCUCAGUGUUGAUUUAGCUGUGUGCUUAGGGACACUGUUGUGUUGAAAGGUCUAAGUUUUUGUACUUUUUUACAAGAAAGUUGCUGUAUUAGGCUGAAUUCAUCAGUCCCUGUCACCACCAUGCUUCACUGUAGGGAUGGUAUUAGCCAAGUGAUGUGCAGUGCCUGUUUUUGGCCAGACAUAGUGCAUGUUGUUCUGCCCAAAGAGUUCAGAUUGCCAGAGCCCUUUAUGCUGUCCUAUGCCUUUUACUGAAAAGAGGGUUUCAGCAAGGACUCUAAUUGUGUUAGCUCUUAUUUAAGCAAACAGGAUGCACCUGAACAUGAUUUGUAGUACUACCACAAAGGGUUGGAAUGCUUUUGUGAAUAAGACAUUUUUUAAUUUUUUCAUCCUAAAUCCACAAAACAAAGAAUAAAACAAGUAAACAGGUUCUGAAUACCUUCUUAAUCCACUGUACUAUAUGUGCUAUGACCUCGUUAAUAAUGUCAUCCUCUGCAUUACUAGGAUUAGGUCUGGAGACUGAGAGGGUCAUGGCAGAAGCUCAUAUCAAUGAAUUUUCCUAUUUAUUUGUGUUGCCCUUGAACUGACGUCUUCCUGGGGAAUAUCCCCACAUUGCACAUUUAACCCCUGAGUGAAUUUCUAGCUUUCUAAGACAAGAAAAGAUGAAUGCGGUGGUGAUGUUGCUACAGUUUAGAUAGCUAGGUCAUAUGAUAAUGCUAUUCUACUAUUUGAAUGUGUUUCUUUUGCCAUAUAGCACUUUAUGUCUUUUACCAUUUAAUCUAUAUAAAUAAGUGGAUGAGAAUGUAGAAAGAAAUGUUAGAGACAUUCUUCUUCAGGCAUCAGGUAGCUUGGGCUACUCAAGUCUUUUUGCAACCAGUUUGUUUACAGUUUGUUUAUUAUCUAUUUUUCGUUACAUUUCUGUGUUUGUUUUUUAUCAUCGGAAUCAUUAUAAUCAUAAAUAAAUACUAUUUAUAAGUA